AUGGUUGGAGUUGAGUUUGAAGACACUGUUGACCCUACAGAUGUCGAGAAGUGGUUGAAAUGGAUUAAAAGAGUGUUCGAGCAAUUAGAGUGUUCAGACACUGCCAAAUUUAAAUUCAGGAAGUCCAUCAAAAAGGGGAGGUUUGAUAGUUACAAAGCUAAUACUUUUCGCAAGCUAGCCCAACAUAAGCAGAAUAGAUCAAGUUCCUCUACUGCCAGCAUUCCAACCUAUGGCCAAGGCAAGGCUCGUAUACACACUUGUACACAAUGUGGAAAGAAUCACUUUGGUACUUGUAGAAGAGCAUCUGGUGCUUGUUUUAAUUGUGGGAACUUCGAUCAUAAAGUGAGGGAUUGUCCUAAUCCUAACCCCACUUCUUCUCCAUAUAUGCAAGGCUCUAUUCAAAAACCUAUUACCACUCCCUCUCAAGGGAAUAGAGGUGCAGGAUCUAGAAAUACACAAACAACAAGUGCAGGUGGAUCCAAUCAAGUGAGUGGGUUAAGAGCUAUAGCAUGA